UCCGUCACCGGCCAAGCACGGAGCGUGCCAUGCAUGUCCAGGUCAACAUUUGUCGGCCAGUAUAUUUUGUCUGUGACGAAACGCUCCUUGCAUGGUACGUGACGCCUGCAAACCCCGUUGUAACCGCGCAUGCGCCGCGUUGGUAACCAGUGUAGACACCAUUGUGGUAAAGUACCUAGUUAGUUGCUACUUGCACGAAGUAGGAGUAAUUCUCUUCUCUGUGCUACUUGCUAGUUGUAGUAGUUGCUCUUUGUGUGCCUUUGUCAUUUGUGUGCCUUUGUCAUUUCUGUGCCUUCAUUCGUUUUGCAUGAAAAUGAAUGACGAACUGUUGAUAGAAUGUGUUCGUAAAUACGAAUUCCUCUAUAAUCUACAACAUCCGAAGUACAUGGAUGCCACCAAGAAAGAUGUAGCAUGGAAGGAUAUAGAAGAUCAGAUGAAACAACCUGUCCGGCCUAAAACUUUGGAUUCUGUUGAUAUAACAAGUGAUGAGGAUAACGGAGACCAUGAUGACCACACUGUGGUCGACCACACAUCCGGAACAGAAACAAAUGCAAUUAUUGAAACUGUGUCUGACGAUGUUGCUACUGAUGCCCAGACUGUUAAAAGUUCUGUGCAAAAUAGUAAGUCAGUUAAAAGAAGAUUUAAAAAUCGUACACCACAGUCAGCAUCAGCCGUAUUGAUGGCAAAAUUAUUAGACAGGCAAAACUCACUUGUACCUCGGAAAGAGCCUGACGAACUAGAUCGUUUUUUUUUAAAUAUUUCUGACACAGUGAAAAAGUUUUCUAAAUACCAACAAGCGCUGGUAAAGAACAAGGUUUUUUCUCUCGUUUCUGAAAUGGAAUUACAACUGCAUUCACCAGCUACCUAAGAUUAUUCCUACACCACAUCGCCAGUAGAUGCAUCUACCGGUACUAAUUGAGCGCUACCCAGUCUCAGGAGAAUUGGAAUAUUUAUCAGUAAAUUACUUUCCUAACUGUAUACAUAUAUCUCAAUAAACAAAUCAUGAAAUUAUUUCACUUAUAUGGGCUACUUAUUAAAAGUUAUUAAAAACACAAUGUAAAAAACUCAAAUGUAAAAACUUUAGGUCUACAUAAAUUAGUCUAUACUUUUGUUGAUUAUUUAUUUACUCAUUUUUAAUUUGAACCUGAAGAUGGCAAUUGCCGAAACCGGUAGUUAUUUUAAAAUAUUCUAAAAGUUUCAAUAAAGGGUGCUUUUUUGAAAAAGUUUUUUACAUUGUGUUUUUAAUAACAAAUUAUGGAAUAUUAUUUGGGUUUUUAACUUACCUUAGACAAACAGCUAGCUUUUCUUUAGGUGACAGACUGUCUCUAAAUUGAGUGUUUCUCUUGGUUAUAUCAUUUUCAAUUUUUCUCAACAAUUCAUUAAACUGGAAUGACGUCAUACGGAAAUACGAAAAAACUUUUCUUCAUCAUCCAUUAGGUGCCUAUAUAAUGUCCAAUACUCCCCCUCAGUUUUCCGUUUUCUUAGAGAUUCGUGAAUCCAAUAGCGCCUCUGAGUUCCUCUAUUCUCCUCUUCCUCGUCCGAAAUAAUUGCAACCAUUGCCAAUUCUGUUAAUGAUAAUCGCCUAAUAGCCAUAUUUAUU